GUAUUUACUUGAAUCGGACAAUCGGUUAGCCCUAGUUUGAAGUAAACAGUAUGGAUAUUUGCCAGUAAAGUAUUUUAAUAAAAUAUGGUUAAAGUCGUACAAAUACAUAGUUAUUUAUGAGUGUUUAAUGUAAAAGAUUAAACAUGUGGCCAGUGCUGCUUAAUAUGACCCGCGACGAAUGUCGUCGGACGCUAAGAAGACUCGAAUUAGAAGCCUACUCGAAUAUGAUCAGUGUAUUCAGGGCUCAGGGGGCAUUGGAAGACAACAGAAAAAAGUUGCUUGAGGAACUACGCGCCGUUUUGCACAUAAGCAAUGAUCGACAUAGCGCCGAAGCGCGUCGCGUAUCAAAUGAUGAACUCUUAGCAACCAUUGCUGAACAAGUUGCUGGUCCCAACACAGGAUUAGGAUGGAUAAGCGAAGGUCGAAGGCUAAUACCUCUAAUGCCUCGAGGCUUUGCACAGACCAUGUACACAGAAAUAGCAGAUAAAGCUGCAGAGGCAGCUGCAGCGGAAAAUAAAGAAAUUAAAAAUAGAAUUGAGACUGAAAAACUAAUAGCUCCUAAGUCAAAUGAAGAGGAAAUAGCAGAUUCUGAAGGACAGACUGCUGAAUCAAAUGAAAUGGAUGAAUCAUCAUAUCCACCCAUAGCCAUGGAAGACAGUACGCCCAAAAUUUGGGAAACUGAACUUAUAAGUCGUAAACGAAAAGUACCUGAAGGGGGUGCAUUACCAGAUGAAACAUCCACACCAGUAAAAAAUAUGAGAAAUAUACAAGUGAACAAAAAUCAGAAACACCUUAAUUUAUCACAAGCAUAUUCAAGAUAUUCUCAACCAUCUGCAAAUUUUUCAAUCAUAUUUUCUGCUCCAGGUAAAUCGUCAGGGCAUUCUAAACACUCGUACAACCAAGUAAGCAAAGUGUCAACAAGUAAAUCCAAUCAACCUCACGCAGGUCGUUUAACAUCAUUAAAACAUAGGUCACAUAAACAAGGUUCUAGAACACCAGCCGCCCUGAAGGCACAAAGGAAAACUCAGGGACAAACAAUGUCACCUAACAAACAUACAGGACAGUACAAUUCGGGACCACAACCAGAUUAUUCAGGACCGCCAAGUUCAUUUCAAGCCAGUUACGCUCAGUCAUUGUUAGGAAAUAAAACAAAACCAGAUUACUUAGAGGAAAUAAAACCAAAAGUGCUUUCGUCUCCAAGUAUGGUCUCAGAUUCGCCUACAAUGCAACUUCUGACCCAGCCUGCAACUGUACCUCAUGAGUUGGCAGUGUCAGACAGUUCACAACCUGACGGUCAAGCCUCAUUGCAAACUCAAGCCACCCCUGUAACCAAACAAGCUGUCAGUAGCAAACCCUGUCAACUUAUAAUAAAAAAGCGUGGUGAAAAUGCUGCUGAUAGAAAAGUACAAAUGUCAGAAUUCAAGGUAAUACAAAAGCCUAACGAGGAAGUUAAAAUUCUAUCAAAUCGACAAAUGGUCGUAUCACCUAGUUCUACUCAUAAACCAAUUAAUACAAGUGGUAAAGUUGUUACUACUAAAGUUAUUGGGACACUCCCGAAACCGCGAACAGCACUGACCCCCAUCAAACAGGCUGAAAAAAUGAUUGUUGUUUCGAAAUCAUCAAUUGAAAAUAGAUUGCCUAGCUCAAAAGUUAUUGUAACAUCGUCAGUGAUUUCAACACCGAUUAAAGAUACCACUUACAGUAUUCCAAAUAGCAUAUCAAAUAAAACAGUGGAAACAUUGACUCCGAAAGGGAUACCAGCUACAGAUUUGAAAGUAUCUGCAAAAACUUUUGUUUUAAAUCAAAAAUCAGGUCAAAAAAUGGUUGUUGUACCUGCUAAAGCAAAUAAAGAAGGACAACUUCCGUUGUUUCAUUUUAAAGGAAUCCCGACUGCAAUGAAACUCGUUUCUGUUAGUUCCCAUCAAAAUGUGCAAAUAACGAAAUCGCCUGCUAUCACUGUUAUGUCUAAACCGACAGUCGUAAAUGCUAUUCCUUCAAAAGCAAAAAUUGUUGGUGUAGAACCAAUAAAAACUGCUAACAUGGCAGAUAUUAUUCCUGUGAAAGGCUUAGUGCCGCCGGUUUCAACUCCAAAAAUAAUGAAUCCCAUAAUUAGACCUAUGAAUACUAAAGGCAACGUUAUAGUUGUUCAGAAAGGAGCUACUUUAGGUAAAACUCUCACAUUUACUAAAAAUGGUAAUGAUGUCUCUAAAAUAAUUAUGGGAAAAAAUGUUAAUAAAUUAUUACAAACAACAAAAUCGGAUCAAAUUGAUCCAUCCAAAUCCGGAAAUGUUAUCGUUUUGGAACUCAAUAAUGAGCAAUCUGGACGCACAACUACUAUGUCUGAAAUAUUAGGUGGUCGGACUUCUAAUGCUCCAUGUACUCCCGAUAAAGACCAAUCAAGCAUGGAUCAAGAGAUCACUCAAGAAACUCCAGUUCUAUUCGAAAAUCAAAUAACUCCGGAAAUUUGUAACACAAGCAGUUUAGAUUCAACAACGAGUCUUCAAGAAAUGGAAAGGCUCGAUCAACCCAACUUAAAUAUAAUCGACAAAAUUGAGAAAGAAAAAUCGGAUUUUAUUAAGGAAUCUGAGGGUGUCAAAGAUCCAACGAGUGUUACAGAGUGGGAAAUGGAAUUAGACCCUACACCUGGCAAAAGUAAAGAUGACGUCGACAAACUAAAUUCUUUACACUUAGAUCUCGGCAUGUCAAGCGAUAGUGAAAAUGAAUACAUGGUAGAUAGUCGGAAAGCGAAAACCCAACACUUAGAGACAGAAAGAAUGCAAACUGAUACACCGACAGGUGAUAACAUCGAACAAUAUAGCAAUCCGAGCGCGCUAUCUCGAACUACGAGAACGCUACUUAGUCAGCUCCAGGAUGACGGUUCAUCGAGUAACGAUUCGUCAUUUGCGAUUAAAUCGAAACUUUUGAGUAAAAUACAGGAUAACGAUAUAAAAAUCGACAAGUGCGAGUCUGAGGCGCUGUUAAAAGCCCGGGCAAAACUUUCGGAAAAAGUCGCGGAGGCAAAAUCACAGCAGAGACGAAUAGAUAUUUAUAGUACGGCAAUAACCACGUCGGAGAUUAAUUUAGAUUCGUUUUCGUAUCUAGACGAGGGCAUGAUGGCUGGAGAUGAUGAGUUUCCUUCCGAGGCUAAGAGGGAAGCACGCCAGACCGAUGUACUGGACGCCCAACUCAGUCGCCUGCUUUCCGAAGACUCGGCUAACUCGACAGACUCACAAACUGUAAGUGUAAGUUUGCCUAUAGAUAAAAUUGAGCAAUAAUUUAUAUGUGUAAUGAGAAUUGGUUAAAUAUUUCUUUAAAAUGUAAUAAUAGGCUGGUUCAAGCUGAGACACUUAGUGUGCAUUGAAAAUUGUGUGUGCAGAUUUGACAUUGUGGUUGCGGAUACUUUGACAGUACAGUUUAGUUGUACAUUGUGUAUUAUUUGUGAAUAAAACUCAUUUAUUUUAUACAAGUUGUCUUUAAUAAAAGAGGCUAAAAAUUA